CCCAAGAAACCCGGCCAGGACCCGACCAAAGAGGCCGACGGCGACACCGGGGCCCGGACCCGGGCCCCCGAGGCCCAAAGGGGACCCCGGCCAGGGGGCCCCACCCCGAGCCGCCAGGGCACCGGGCCCGGGGAACCCACCCGGGCCGAGCACGACCCCGGCCAGGACCCGCCAAGAGGCCAACCCCGACCCCGGAAGGGCCCGAACCCCGAGGGCCCAGGCGGCCCCGGGACCCGACCACGAGGCCGACCACGACCCCGGCAGGACCCGACCACGGGGCCCGACCACGACACCGGCCAGGACCCGACCACGAGGCGACCAGAAACCGGCCAGGACCAGACCACGAGGCGACCACGACCCCGGCAGGACCUGACCAACGAGCCGACCACACCCCGGCCAGACCCGACCACGAGGCCGACCACGACACCGGCCAGGACCGACCACGAGGCCACCAACCCCGGCCAGGACCCGACCACGAGGCCGACCACGACCCGGCCAGACCCGACCACGAGGCCUGACCACGACACCGGCCAGGACCCGACCACAGGCCUACCACGACCCCGGCCAGGACCCGACCACAGGCCGACCACGACCCCGGUCCAGGACACGGACCACGAAGGCCGACGGCGACACCGGCCAGGACCCAGACCACGAGGCCGAUCCCACGACCCCGGCCAGGACCCGGACCACGAGGCCGACCUCACGACACCUGUCCAUGACCCGACCACGAGGGCCGACGGCGACCACCGGCCGACAGGACCAGACCACGAGGACCCUACCCCGAGGGCAGACCACGACACCGGCCAGGACCCUACCCACGUAGGCCUGCUACCCACGACCCCGGCCAGGUACCCGACCACGAGGCCGAUCCACGACCCCGGCCAGGAUCCCGACACGAGGCCCGACGGCGACCCCGGCCAGGACCCGACCACGAGGCCGACGGCGACACCGGCCAGGACCCGACCACGAGGCCGACGGCGACCCCGGCCAGGGACCCGACCACGAGGCCGACCACGACACCGGCCAGGACCCGACCACGAGGCCGACGGCGGGCCCCGACACCGACGCCGACACCAACCACGACACCGGCCAGGACCCGACCACGAGGCCGACGGCGACCCCGGCCAGGACCCGACCACGAGGCCGACGGAGACCCCGGCCAGGACCCGACCACGAGGCCGACGGAGACCCCGGCCAGGACCCGACCACGAGGCCGACGGCGACACCGGCCAGGACCCGACCACGAGGCCGACGGCGACACCGGCCAGGACCCGACCACGAGGCCGACCACGACCCCGGCCAGGACCCGACCACGAGGCCGACGGCGACACCGGCCAGGACCCCGACCACGAGGCCCAACGGCGACCCGGCCAGGACCCGACCACGAGGCCGACGGCGACCCGGCCAGGACCCGACCACGAGGCCAACGGCGACCCGGCCAGGACCCGACCACGAGGCCCACGGCGACCCGGCCAGGACCCGACCACGAGGCCAACGGCGACCGGCCAGGACCCGACCACGAGGCCGACACGACCCCGGCCAGGACCCGACCACGAGGCCGACGGCGACACCGGCCAGGACCCGACCACGAGGCCGACCACGACCCCGGCCAGGACCCUGACCACGAGGCCGACGGCGACAGCGUGCCAUGACCCGACCACGAGGCCGACCACGGACCCCGGCCAGGACCCGACCACGAGGCCAACGGCGACCCGGCCAGGUACCCGACCACGAGGCCACGGCGACCCGGCCAGGACCCGACCACGAGGCCAACGGGGACCCGGCCAGGUACCCGACCACGAGGCCGACCAACGAACCCCGGCCAGGACCCGACCACGAGGCGACGGCGACACCGGCCAGGACCCGACCACGAGGCCGACCACGACCCCGGCCAGGACCCGACCACGAGGCCGACGGCGACCCCGGCCAGGACCCGACCACGAGGCCGACGGCGACCCCGGCCAGGAACCCGACCACGAGGCCGACGGCCACCCCGGCCAGGACCCGACCACGAGGCGACGGCGACCCCGGCCAGGACCCGACCACGAGGCCGACACGACCCCGGCCAGGACCCGACACGAGGCCGACGGCCACCCGGCCAGGACCGGACACGAGGCCGACCACGACCCCGGCCAGGACCCGACCACGAGGCCGACGGCGACCCCGGCCAGGACCCGACCACGAGGCCGACGGCGACCCCGGCCAGACCCGACCACGAGGCGACCACGACCACGGCCAGACCCGACCAAGAGGCCGACGGACCCCGACCACGAUGGCCGACGGCGACCCCGGCCAGGACCCGCACCACGAGGCCGACGGCGCCCCCGGCCAGACCCGACCACGAGGCCGACCACGACCCCGGCCAGGACCCGACACGGGCCAACGGCGACCCCGGCCAGAACCGACCACGAGGCCGACCACGACCCCGGCCAGGACCGACCACGAGGCCAACGGCGACCCCGGCCAGGACCCGACCACGAGGCCGACGUCGACACCGGCCAGGACCCGGACCACGAGGCCGACGGCGACCCCGGCCAGGACCCGACCACGAGGCCGACCACGACCCCGGCCAGUGACCCGACCACGAGGCCGACCACGACCCCGGCCAGGACCCGACCACGAGGCCGACCACGACCCCGGCCAGGACCCGACCACGAGGCCGACCACGACCCCGGCCAGGACCCGACCACGAGGCCGACCACCACCCCGGCCAGGACCCGACCACGAGCCAACGGCGGCCCCGGCCAGGACCCGACCACGAGGCCGACGGCGACCCCGGCAAGGACGCGACCACGAGGCCGACCCAGGACACCGGCCAGGUACCCGACCACGAGGCCAACGGCGACCCCGGCCAUGGACCCGACCACGAGGCCGACCACGACCCCGGCCAGGACCCGACCACGAGUCCGACGGCGACCACGGCCAGGACCCGACCACGAGGCCAAACGGCGACCCCGGCCAGGACCCGACCACGAGGCCGACGGCGACACCGGCCAGGACCCGACCACGAGGCCGACGGCGACCCCGGCCAGGACCCGACCACGAGGCCGACUGGGACACCGGCCAGGACCCGACCACAGAGGCCGACGGCGACCCCGGCCCGUGGACCCGACCACGAGGCCGACGGCGACCCCGGCCCAGGACCCGACCAACGAGGGCCGACCACUACCCCGGCCAGUACCCUACCACGAUGGCCGACGGACGACCCCUGCCAGGACCCGACCACUAUGGCAGACUGCGACCCGGCCAGGACCCUACCAACGAGGCUCGACUUGGAGACCCGUCCAUUACGCCCUACCACGAGGCCUACCACUACCCCUUCCAUUACCCUACCACUAUUCCUACUUCUACCCCUUCCAUUACCCUACCACUAUUCCUACUUCUACCCCUUCCAUUACCCUACCACUAUUCCUACUUCUACCCCUUCCAUUACCCUACCACUAUUCCUACUUCUACCCCUUCCAUUACCCUACCACUAUUCCUACUUCUACCCCUUCCAUUACCCUACCACUAUUCCUACUUCUACCCUACCCCUUCACCUACUCCUGA